AUGGGGUUGAGGGCUGCAGUUGGCCUGGGUUGUGGUCGGCUAGUUCUUUCGUCUGAGGUUUCAACGCGUGGUGGCGGUGCGGACCGGGGGCGGCGGGUCGGUGCUGCCCCAUGGGGCCAAGGACUGCGGUUGGCCUGGGUUGCGGUCGGCUCAUUCUUCCGCCAGAGGUUGCAGCGCGUGGUGGCGCUGCGAACCGGGGACAGCUUCGGGAGGCUUGCGGUGGCGGCAUCCGGGGACACUGUUGGGUGGCGUGGUUGCGGGACGGCUUGUGCCUCAGUCGACGACCUCCUUCGUGCUCAUGGGCGGGGGUGGCUGCAGCGUGGUGGUGGUGGCGCUUGCCCGGCAUUGUCGGGUUGCGGGGGCGCGGAACGAACACUCCAGCAGCAACAAGGCGGCCGAUCGAAGGAGCGAGGCGAGAAGAUGAUUCCCCUGUGGAUCCUGGCGCUGGUCGCGGCCGCGUGCGCCUUCUUCUGCGGGCCGAUGGUGAUGAUGCAUGGGCCGGGAGCCGCCGGGCUGCUCAUCAGCCGUGCGGCGUUCGAAGCCUUCCCCAAGCUCUACUACUACCUGCUCCGCACGUACGGACCCGCCGCGGCCGUGUUCGUGUUCCGUCACCUCCCCCAGUGCCUGAUCUCUAUCUUGGCUUUUAUUUUUGGUAUGUGA